CGAAAAUAGCCACAACCUUAAUUCCAUCUUUUAUAGGAUCGAACAAAAAUGCAUAAGAAUCUUUCCCCUCUCUGGGCAUUGUUUCCUUUACUGUUGUUAUGCUCAUUGCUCAGAACUUCAGUUGCUGAGAUCAUUUUUGAAGAAAGAUUUGAUGAUGGGUGGCAGAGCAGAUGGGUGAGGUCAGAUUGGAAAAAAAGUGAAGGGAAAGCAGGUACUUUCAAGCACACAGCUGGGAAGUGGCCUGGUGAUCCUGAUGAUAAAGGUAUUCAGACCACUACAGAUGCCAGACAUUUUGCAAUAUCUGCAAAAAUACCAGAAUUUAGCAACAAGAAUAGAACAUUCGUUUUGCAAUACUCUAUAAGGUUUGAGCAAGAGAUAGAAUGUGGUGGUGGCUAUAUAAAGCUUCUUUCUGGAUAUGUUAAUCAGAAAAAAUUUGGUGGGGACACUCCUUACAGUGUAAUGUUUGGACCAGAUCUGUGUGGAACACAGACAAAGAAGCUUCAUGUCAUAUAUUCUUACCAAGGCCAGAAUUACCCUAUUAAGAAGGAUUUGCAAUGUGAAACAGACAAGUUGACGCAUUUCUAUACAUUCAUUCUUAGGCCGGAUGCUACAUAUAGCAUUCUCAUAGAUGGUCGAGAGAGGGACUCUGGGAGCUUAUAUGACGACUGGGAUAUCCUCCCUCCUCGUAAAAUUAAGGCUGUGAAUGCUAAAAAGCCUGCAGACUGGGAUGAUAGAGAAUAUAUCAACGAUCCUAAUCACGUCAAACCCGAGGGAUAUGACUCAAUUCCUCGAGAAAUUCCUGACCCUAAAGCUAAAAAGCCUGCUGAUUGGGAUGAAGACGAGGAUGGUAUAUGGAAACCAAAAAAGGUUCCUAAUCCUGCAUAUAAGGGACCAUGGAAGCCAAAGAGAAUAAAGAAUCCCAAUUACCAAGGAAAGUGGAGGAUUCCAUGGGUUGAUAAUCCAGAAUUCGAAGAUGAUCCUGAAUUGUAUGUGCUGAAGCCAAUUAAGUAUGUUGGCAUUGAAGUUUGGCAGGUGAAAGCAGGUUCGAUCUAUGACAAUAUUUUGAUAUGUGAUGAUCCAGAAUAUGCAAAACAAGUAGUGCAGGAAGUUCUAGCCAACAGGGAGGUUAGUUUUCACUCUUCUACAGAUGAUUGCAACUUUGUACUGGCUAUGUGAUUAUGGUUUCCUCACUCUCUUGUCCCUAUGAAAUUUCAGUUUGAAAAAGAGGCAUUUGAGGAAGCAGAAAAGACUAGAAAAGCUCAAGAAGAGGAGGUUAUCACGUGAUCCCUGUUAUACAUCAGCUUUCUGAAUUGGUUGAUACAAAUUUCUGAAUCGUAUAUUAUAAUUGCUCAGGAACAUCGACGAGCAAGAGAGGAAGGAGAAAAGAGGAGAAGGGAAAGAGGCGAUAGGAGGAAAGAUCGUUAUAGAGAUAGAUACAGAAGAGUAAUUUUUUGAUGCCUUUCACUGCCAUUUUGACUUGUAACAAAUCUCGUUACCUUCACGAAUUUAACAUGCAUAUUUGUUUUGCAGCAUGACCGCCAUUCUUACAUGGAUGAUUAUCAUGUAAGUUCCUCGUUAUCUCUCUCUCUUUUUUUUUUGUGGGUAAUGGCGGUUAGUACUAGCUAAAAAUUGCGCUGAUAAGCUGUAUAGAAAAGCAUAGUCUAUUAUCUAACACCAGAAAACCUUCAUCUUAUUUGCAGGAUGAGUUGUGAGAAGUCACAGUUCACUAUUUUCCAUCUCAAGUGACUCAGAGUUUUCUGUAGUUCUGUGCCUAUCCUAAUACUUUUGACGCUGCUUAGGCCUUUUGUAACAUUAUGAUUGCACGUGGAUCUUGGGAGGAAAAAUGUUAUACUUCUUCUAUUCUUGUCCCAUUGCACACAUGAACUAAUUACUAUGCGAGUUCAGAUUCUGUGAAGUCGUCGAAAAUAUACGGUUUUUGUUUUAUAAUGCAAAAACAAAUAUACACCUAUUUCAAAUCAUUUCGCAAUGAAAUGAGGUACACCUCAUUAGGGUUCUUCAUUUAACUCAUCAUCAUAUAAUGGGCCACAUUAGCUUCAAUGUAACCAUACUUAAGUUUAAAAAAGAAAAGAAAAGAUGGUAAAUGGAAAGUUGACAGGGAGAUGAAAAGAAUAAAGGAAAGAAAAGAAUAGUGGUUUUUUUUUUUUUUUUUUUUUU